AUGCAAAGAAAUAAUAAUAAUAUUAAUAAUUUAAAUGAUAAUUUAAAUGAAAAUUUAGAUAAUAAAAAUAAUAAAAAAAAUUCAUUACCAAAUAAAUAUCAUUCAUUUGAUUUUGGUUCUUUGACGGGAAAUAGUGAAAAGGGGUCAAAUAAAAGUUUUGAUGACUCUGACUUUGGAAAACACCGUCAACAACCAUUUAAAAAGAAUUUCUCUGCUUCACAACCACCUUUAACUUCAUCACAUAGUCAUAAUAAUACUAAUACUAAUACUGAUACUAAUAAUAAUAUUAAUAAUAAUAAUAAUUUUAAUUCCAAUAAAAAUGAUAGUUCUAAUUCCAAUAAAAAUGAUAAUUUUAAAAAUCAAGUAAAUAGUGAUGAUGAAAAUGAUAAUAAAAAUAGACAUUCAUCGCAACCAAUAAAAUUACCUUCAUUACCAUUACAACAACCAACCCAACAACUAAAACUAUCACAACAAACAAUUAAUCAUCAUAACUUUAAUAAUCAUUACCAAACCUCCAAAGUAAAUGUUCCAAUGGCAGAUUUAUCAACACAGCACCAAAUUAACUCUCAAAUUAACCAAAAUAAAUAUUUAUUUUAUCCCAAAUCACAAGAUGAAUCAAAAGAAAAAUAUAAUAUUGAUUUAAUGGAUAAUGAAAAUAUUAAACCAAUUAAAGAACCACUAUUCCAAGGAAUUGCACCAUCAGAUAAAAAAGAUAUUUUAGAAUUAAAUAGAUUAAGUUUUGGUAAUUUUGCAAGCUCUCCAUCAAAUAGUCAAAAACAACAACAACAACAACCACGAUUACCUCUACAAAAAACACCUUUAACAUCACAAAACAAUAGUUCUCAAAGCUCAUCCAAUAAUUCUCGUUCACAUACACAAACACAAACGCAGUCGCAAUCUCAAACCCCAACACAACCAACAAUUAAUUUACCAACUCCAACACAAACACCAAAUAAAAAUAGUUUUGGCCAAAUUAACAAUGAUACUAUCCCUGGUAUUUUAAGUAAUAAUACAUUAAACAUAACACCAACCCCUCUUUUAUUUGGGACACUUCAAACACCACAGAAAUUAGCAGGAUCACCCACUUCAACUCAUUUUUUUUAUCUCGAAAAUGGAAACGAGAUGGAAGAUAAUAAUGAAGAUCAUAAUACUAAUAAUAUCAAUUAUACCAAUAACACCAAUUAUACCAAUAACACCAAUAACACCAAUAAUAAUCAUAAUCACAAUAUUAAUAAUAUAAAUAAUACUGAAAAUAACAAUACUAAUAAUGGUGAUAAUAAUAAUACUAAUAAUAAUGAACCAAUAUUUUUAGAAGAUGAAGAGACCAAAGUACAUCCAUAUGAUAGUGAUAAUGAUAGUAUGGAUUUCAAUGCUGGAUACGAGCACAGUGAUGGCCUCUUAAGUAAAAAUGAUAGUAUAAGUAAUUACAGAAAUGUCCAUGGUGACUAUGACGAAGAUAAUGAGUCCGAUGAUAAUAUCAACCAAAAUCAAAUAAUCGAAAGCUCAUUAAUUGAAGUUUUAAAAGCAAGUAUUUAUCAAAGAGAUAUAAUAAUGAAAACUGUAAGAUCACUUCCAAAAUAUCAAAAUUUGACAAAUAAAGAAAUAAAGGAAUUGGUUAAAAGAGAGCCAAGACUGCAAUUAAAUGGUUUGGGAAAUUAUUCAAAAAAUCAACUAUUUGAAAAAUUAAAAAAUUAUUCAAAAGAGAAUUUAAUUCAAGUUUUAAUUGAUGUUAUUAAUGAAAAUAACAAUAAUGCUGAUGACAACAAUAUUAACAAUAACAAUACUAAUAACAAUAGUAAAAACGAUAAUAAUAAUAAUAAUAAUAAAAAUAAUAAUAAUAUUAAUAAUAACAAUAACAAUAACAAUAAUAAUAAUAAUACUAAUAAUAAUAAUGUAAUUAAUAAAAAUACUGAUGGUAUUACUGGGGUCAAUAGUUCUAACAAUAACAAAAAGAGGAUUUUAAAAAACAAUAUUGAAAAUAAUACUGGCAACAACAAUAAUAAUAAUAAUAAUGAUAAUGAUAAUGAUAAUGAUAAUGAUAAUGAUAAUGAUCAUAAUCAUAAUCAUAAUCAUAAUAACUAUGGUAAUAAAGAGAUUAAACAGCAUAGGAUUAUUAAUUUACAAAAAUUAGGGAAAGGUCAAAACCAAAACCACGAUCAUAAUCAAAAUCAAAACCAAAAUCAUAGUAACCAUAGUCAUAAGUAUAAUCAAAAUCAAAAUCAAAAUCAAAGCCAAAAUCAUAAUAACAACCAAAACCAAAGUUGUAACCAAAAUAAUUAUAACCCCGAUAAAAAACAAUAA